AAUAUAAUUAUGAUGGUUUAAUCCACUGGGAAACCUGUUUGCCCUGUGAUAACCCUUGUAGAACCAGAACUCGUUACUCCACUUGGUCACACUAUCGUUUCGUUUUUUGACAAUUGUAAGAAACCCGAACCUGAACACAUCGAUUAGACAGGAGUACAUAGAGUGAUGACUGUGUUCCAAUCGAGGAAUCGCGCAUCCUGGCAGCUCUGGCUGUGUGAGCGGCCCCGGAAGGGACCUGGGCUACUUCUGCGCUACUACAAGUACAAGCCCGUCUUUCGGCCCACGAGCGAGAAUCCCAUUACUGGGAAGAGGGAUCGUGUGAGGAGGAAGUUGCAGGACACGCGCAACAAGCUUCUGGGUCUGAUGCAGCGCUUCGAGAAGGUGGACAACAUUGUGGAGGGGUCACGCCGCAGACGCAAUCCCUUCCACCUUGUGGCUUCGAUGGCGUUGGACUACGAGGAUAUCGAGCCACAUAUGUUGGAUGGCAUCCUGGGCUGGUCCGAUCUCGAGGACACCGACGAUUGCUUCAAAAUGUAGGAGCACCAAACACCAAACACCAAACACCGACCAUCGAAACUCACAAACUGGAUGGGCAGUUACCUUGAAACGAGGCAAAAUAAAUACCGGGAUUCUCAA